AUGGUGUCUAGUGAUGGGGAAUCGGAUAUUCGCCCAGACCGCAUCCAAGCCCGCGAGGACCAAUUCCGUCGCGAUAUUCGAGCUAGAAGACAGUCACCAGUCCCAGAUAAACGGCUUGAUCUGACAGAGCUGGGCUGCAUGGGUGCUCAUCUUGAUCUCUCAAAGCAUGAGCCUUGGCCUAGUAGGCUCGAGCUCACCGACGGCGAAGCCAUGCAUAGCGACCUUGUUUCCACACCAAUAUCCCUGGACACCUACCCUCGAGCAAGACCUGACCCAGGAAGUAGCGCUGCAGAUGAAUCACCCACAUCCCGCGCAUGUACUCCAACAGGAUGUGGCGCGUAUCUUCCGUCACAUGAGUACAAGGAGUUCCAACGUCAAAGAUCAGUCAACAACCUCCGCCGACUAUCUAUAUCAACUACUGUUGAGCCCGAAACACAGGAAGAACAUGACCCAAGUCGCCAUCCGGAACAGCACGGGUGGUGUCCAGUGAGCUACACACCAUCGCAUUGCUCUCGAGCCUUGACGGACAGAGAGGAUCGUAGUGUGAAGGACGUGGAACCGGUCUCUCCCGGAUCUUGGUCGCAACUCAAUCGGACUGUUGGGAAGAACGAAGAUGCGGCUGAACUUGUGCGUUACACAAACUCCUGCACUCUCUAA